AUGUCUCUCGCAGAUUCCUCUUUAGAGACUCCAGAACCCUCUUCCUCUUCCUCCUCACAACCAGACAUUAUGCCAUACGUUCACGAUUCCGCUGAUGCUUUUACUUAUACCCUCCCACCUCGGCCGAACCCUUCUGCUGAUGAGGGACUCACCAUAGACGCGCAGAACUAUGAUCCAAAUGUUUUACCUGCCUCGCCAAAUAGCCUCGAUGUAUUCACCAUUGGUCCCAUCACUGCCCUCAAACUUCUUUGCGCUGGUAUUGAAGCCUUAGUGAGGAUCACUGGAGACGUCCCUCCCACUCCUCCUCCCACACAUUCAACACCACCGAAUAUGCGAGGAAUGCAAGCCGAGAAAGAGAAUAUAAUUCGGAGCAAUUCAUACAAAAACUUAGCAGAGCUAAACAAACGUCCCAGGACACCAUCCGAUUCCGAAUGUUCAGACAUUGAUGGAGUUAUAUUACGGAAGAGAACAAUAAGGAGCCCAGCUCUCACUCCUACCGAACCACAUAUUAUCAUUGGGGAUAAUGCGGAGCCUCUGAAUGUUCAGCAUGGCGCCAUUACACGAAAGUUUUACUCGAAGCACCCUCCUCCCAUCUCUCUCGAAGAUUAUCUCAUGCGAAUACACAAGUUCUGCCCCAUGUCAACUGCAGUCUAUCUGGCAACUAGCUACUAUAUACAUAAGCUGGCCGUCGAUGAGCGAGCAAUCCCAGUCACUAGACGCAACAGCCACCGAUUACUCCUUGCAGGACUCCGUGUUGCUAUGAAAGCCCUCGAAGACUUGAGCUAUCCACAUGCACGAUUUGCGAAAGUCGGAGGGGUCAGUGAAGGAGAGUUGGCAAGAUUGGAGAUCAGUUUUUGCUUCUUGACCAAUUUUGAGUUCAAAACAAGCAAAGAGCGACUUUUGGACCACGCCAUUGGUCUCAAAGAGAUAGCUUCGUUACAGGGAUCGGUGAAUUUCGUCCCAAGGUUGCCGUUGAAGCGAAGACUCAACGACUGA